AUGAAUAACGCUAUUUUUGGAUCUACUUCUUGGAAUGGUAAUAAUCAAUCUGAUGAUGAUAUUUCAAGUAAAACUCCAUCGGUAUACAUCUCCGAUGAGGAAAUAGAUGAAAGUAUCAAUGAAUGGAAGUUUAGUUUGAUUGGUUUUUUCAUUAUUAAAUUGGAUAAUGAAGUUGAUAUGAGAUAUAUUUGGAAUGGAUAUUGGAUUGUGGAAACUCAAGUCUUAAAAUUGAGAGAAUGGGAGACUAAUUUCAACCCUGCAGCUCAGAAAAUUACUACUGACUUUGUGUGGAUUAAUUUUCCUGGACUGGGAAUGGAGUACUGGAAGGAAAAGAUUAUCAUGGAUUUGGGUGAAAGAUUUGGAAGAGCUAUCAAGGUUGAUGAAACAACUUUGAAAAAAGAGGUAGGAUAUUAUGCAAGUGUGCUUGUGGAGGUUGAUUUGUCAAGAUAUAUUCCUAACCAAAUUGAGGUAAAAUCAAAGUAUGGGAGUUUUACUCAAGAAGUGCAAAUUCCUCAUAUACCAAAGUUCUGUAAUCAUUGUAAGGUGGUGGGUCAUUGGGUAGCUGAAUGUAGAUCAAACCGUGAUAAUACAUAA